AUGUCGACAUAUCCUGAUAUCAACGACCCAGCCAACAUGCCUUGUGCCUCACAGGCACCUGAGACAGUGGUAGACCCUGGGGUGUUGCAAAUCUCUGAAAAUCCCCAGGAGCCUUCCGCAAAGCCCGCCAAAAGCUCCAUCGCAUCGGACAUCUCGUCUGUGUUGACUGAUGUCGACGACGUCCUUAUCUACGAUCCAUUUGGCCCGCCCACCCCAUCUCAGUUGAUCACGUCUCCUCAAAUCCUAACCCCAACCGCGCCUCGGGUGAGCUACUCGCUGUCUCCAGAGUCUGGGCUCGUCGAGAUCACCGAAGAUGUUUCGGAUAUCAUCACUACAUCUCGUCCUGGACCGGCCUCGCCCACUGCCAAUACUUUGAAGCUUGCUCAAAGGCGUGUGGUGGGACCCAACCUACCAUUUCCCAGUCGCAUUGCUCAGAUCCUGAAGAUAUGGCAUGGCAAAUAUCCAGAGAUUCAGCCACCCUGCUCGUCUAAACACACUCGGGCAUCGACCUGGGGACCGUUCAGAGUGUUUGACCGCGACGGAGAGGAAUACGAUCUGUCUGUCUACAGGAUUACCGUCAGAUUCAUCAAAAGGUUCUCGUACUACAUUACGAUUCUCCACUCGGAGAAUGGGCCCGAGGAGCUGGUCACAAAUUCCUCGCUUCUCCCGUCACUGAGAGGGUUCAACCACGGCUCAGGGGGUCGAUACCUCGUUGCUUGGCUCGAUGUUGAAGAGAAAUUCGAAUCCGAGGCGUGUGCAAUUCGUGUUUGGGGUCGAAAGGACGACGUGGACAUCGUUUUCAGUCCACAAAUGUUUGACAACGCCGCAGAUGGCGACAUCCAGCCCGUCCAACUGUUAGGCUGGGACAUUCCUCCGGCAAACCCAGAAGUCCAACAGGGAACGCGGCUGGUGAUUGAUCUCUGCGAUGAGAGCGACGACAACAUGGACAUCUCGCCAUCGUCCCCCCAUACCCCUUAUUCGCCAGAGCAUAUCCGCACGAACCGAUCUCAGAACAGCGAUGAUCCCAACAAAACACCUACGCGGCAGUCGCGUAAACUACACAAGACGGAGCUGGACUCGGGGAACAUGGAAGAGCUGGGCUUGGAUGUCCGUCGCCGUUUGUUGGUGACUCCUCGCGUGCGCUUCAAGAUGUUUUCGGACACAUCUGGUCGCGUGCGGUACUUUCCGUCGGAGGGUUGUACGGUGGCCAUGUUUUUCAAGCGAGCGAAGGAGUUCUACAAAGGUGUUGAUAUGAGUGCUCCCUUUGCUGUGCUGUGCAAGGUGCCUGGUUUGGAGGGAAUCCGCUAUCUUGGUGAGGGAUGCGAGGAUGAGUUCCGGAUCUUGCUGGAUGAUAUCAAGCGGUGUGCUGGGGAUGAUGAUCAAGUUUACAUUGUUGAGGUCAAGCCUGUGUGUGCGUUCUAG